CUGAAUAUGCAUGUGUUCCUUGUGUCUGCAAUGGGGUUCUCUCCGGGUGCUCCGGCUUCCCCCACGUGAAAAAAAAAAAGAUGUAGAGAAGGAUUGCUCAGGAACGAGCUGAGUUUGAUGUGCCACGUGGAUAAGGAUAAAGACCAGGAUGGACACAAGGAUGAUGACCAGGAUGAUGACCAGGAUGGAGACAAGGAUGAUGACCAGGAUGGAGACAAGGAUGAUGACCAGGAUGGAGACAAGGAUGAUGACCAGGAUGAUGACCAGGAUGGAGACAAGGAUGAUGACCAGGAUGGAGACAAGGAUGAUGACCAGGAUGAUGACCAGGAUGAUGACCAGGAUGGAGACAAGGAUGAUGACCAGGAUGAUGACCAGGAUGGAGACAAGGAUGAUGACCAGGAUGGAGACAAGGAUGAUGACCAGGAUGAUGACCAGGAUGAUGACCAGGAUGGAGACAAGGAUGAUGACCAGGAUGAUGACCAGGAUGGAGACAAGGAUGAUGACCAGGAUGGAGACAAGGAUGAUGACCAGGAUGAUGACCAGGAUGAUGACCAGGAUGGAGACAAGGAUGAUGACCAGGAUGAUGACCAGGAUGGAGACAAGGAUGAUGACCAGGAUGGAGACAAGGAUGAUGACCAGGAUGAUGACCAGGAUGAUGACCAGGAUGGAGACAAGGAUGAUGACCAGGAUGAUGACCAGGAUGGAGACAAGGAUGAUGACCAGGAUGGAGACAAGGAUGAUGACCAGGAUGAUGACCAGGAUGAUGACCAGGAUGGAGACAAGGAUGAUGACCAGGAUGAUGACCAGGAUGGAGACAAGGAUGAUGACCAGGAUGGAGACAAGGAUGAUGACAGGGUUCUUGCACCAUUUUAUAAGGCAAAUUUAAUGCUUGUUAAGACCUUCUUAGGCCCUCAACAAAUAAAAUUUACGACUCAAAGAUAUACCGUAUUUUCACGACCAUAAGGCGCACCGUACGAAAAGGCGCAGUCUCAGUUAUGUGGGCCAUUACUGUAUUUAACACACACAUAGGGCGCACCGU